CAAUUUCAUUCCAAUACUCAACCAAGCAAGCAACUAAUCUCUUUGUUUUCUUGCUCAAGACAGAAUGAUCAACACAAGAAAACUCUUCAAGAUGGCAAAGAAGUGGCAGAGGGUAGCAGCCCUCCGAAGGAAAAGGAUUUCUUUACCAAGAUCCAGUAGAGAUGCAAACCAGAAUGCUAGCAAUGCAACAUCUGUAGCAGAUAAGGGCCACUUUGUUGUUUACACCGCUGAUAAAAUGCGCUUUUUAUUUCCUAUCGCAUAUCUCAAUAAUCCCAUUGUUAGAGAACUCUUCAAAAUGUCAGAGGAAGAGUUUGGACUACCAAGUGAUGGACCAAUCAUGUUGCCUUGUGAUGCAGUCUUCAUGGAGUAUGUAGUUUCUUUGAUCCAACAACGUGCUGAUAAAACUACAGAGAAAGCCCUCUUAAUGUCGAUGGCUACUAGUAGAUGCUUGAACUCUUAUUCUCUGCAUCAUGGACAGAGUAGCCAACAGUUACUAAUCUGUAGUUUAUGAAUAAAACAGAGAAAAGAUUUUGUA